AUGGAUACCACUUCCGCCCCUUUGGCAGAUUACUUCUGGAUCGCUGGGAUCGAUUCGCUUUCCUACCGUGAUCCAGUCUAUAACCCCUCGAGCUCAAACAAUGCUAUCGUUCCACCCUCACCGCAAGUCGACGCAACAAUAGAAGAAGGGGACAGUGAAGGAGAGACAUCUCCAACAGUGCCACCGAAGGAAAAUGGCACCCCAAGAGCAACUGCACGACACUCCCGCACCAAUUCCUGGAAUAAACUCAGCAAGAUUGGCAACGAUCCACGAAACUCGGUCGAAUUCGAUAACACCAGCAGCAACCGCAGCAGCAUUACUAUAAAAGGCCCGUCCACUAACGUGAAUGGCAAUGGGGCAGGCGGUGGCAUGCUGGGUGAUUUUGAUUUCGACAAGGCGCUCCUGAAAUUUGCCAGUGAGAGGGAAACCUUCCUGGAUGACCUGAGCUUCAGUGCUGGGGCUCCCAUCCAGAGUCGGCCCCCGAUGACGAAUCCGAGAGCGGAGAGGCUGAAGGUUGAAGAUCCAGAAGCAAAUGGCCCACCCGGCAAGCGGAGUCCGCUCAGGAGUGUAGGAGGGAGCAUACGGAGGAGAAUCAGCUUUAGGGAUAUGAGCAGUAUGAAGAGGCAGCCAUCGAAUGUGCAGAGGACAACUUCUGUCCGAACGUCGAGACGAUUGAGUAAUUAUAACUCCGUCAUUCCUCCUCCAGAACCCUUGAAUGCAGAUCCCGAUAUGCACCCUCUGAAACGUCGUUUCGAACCUGUGCUACUCGAUAGAUACCCGCCAAAAACCGCAACCGAUGAAUUAAAGAGACGAGGAAGAUUCCCCGAUUAUGUACCCAUGUUCGCCUUCCCCAACGAUAUCAAUAUAGUUUCCGCGGAUGAGCGACCUCGAUCGACAUGGCAUGGAUUUGCCAUGACGGGAGAUGACAACUCAAAAAUAUAUGGCAUCACUGUUAUAGUGUGGAUGCCCUUAAAUCAGGAAGCUGCGGCAAACGUUGAGCAGCGAUGUGAGAUAUGGAGACAGAGUCAUAUGACUAAUGAAGAGAGAGAAUUGGCUUCAAGCUUGGGAGAACGGCUAGCUUCCGAGCGUGCAAAUCUAUCCCAACUGUUGGCAAGGUUACCGGGUGCAGUGUCCGGAUCAGCUGCCAGAGAGGCCUUGGAAGAGCAAAUAAGUUCAGUUGAGGAGAAGAUCGGAUUGAUGACGGACAUGCUGCGGCCCGUCCGCCACGGAGCUGCUUCGAAAAUCGACGGCUUGACAGAUGGCGAGACUGGACUCUGGACCCCCAGAGCUUACGGAAUUCUAGGCCGUGAUAGUAGUCUCACAGGGUUCUGGAAAGAGUGGCUGAGGGCUGUUGUCGUUCCCAUGACUGAUGGGGGGGUUUUAAGAGUCCCGCCCAGCUCCCCUAAGGUGGGACGCUGGCAGCCUCUAGAGCGAUAUGUUGUCAAUCUUUGCACCGAGGCUUUGAGCCCAAUAUCGUCGAAAACCCAAGUCGAGAUUGCCAUCAGAGAAUUGCGGCUAUUUGCCAGGAAAGAGGCUGCGAACGAGCUUCCGGAAUCUCGCAACACAGAUCUCUAUGCCCUCUUCCGAGCUCUCUCGAUUCCCAAUAUUGUGUCUCUGCUCGAGUUUGCCCUAUCAGAGUCAAGGAUUAUCUUGCUUUCGUCACAUACAGCCAUGCUGCAUCUCGCAAGUAAGGCAUUGGCAAGUUUGUUAUAUCCCCUGAAGUGGGCGAGCAUUUUCAUUCCAGUACUACCUGCAAGGCUCCUUUCAGCCCUUGAGGCCCCUUGUCCCUACAUUGUGGGCAUCGAGAGGAGAUAUGAGAAUAUAGAGCUUCCAGACGAUGACUAUGUUCUGGUAGAUCUUGAUCAGGAUGCCAUCGAAGCAACGUCACCACCUAACCCGCUACCGCGUCAACAGCGUCGAAAACUCGUUUCCCUGCUACAGCUCGCAGCGCCUCAUCACAACAGGUGCGGCGUCCCAGUCGGGCCACCACCCUACGCGGUCGAGUCUUUUCCAUAUGAUGCCUUCUCAUCUGAAAACGAAGCUGCUUACACCCAGAACGCCCCUCCAAGCUCGCUGGCAAAGCACGUUAGUCAGAACUCGGCGACUUUUGGCGAGCCUGAUCCUCUAUUUGCGAAAAGUUCACUGGUGUUUAAUGCCUUUUUGCAGUCUAAAAAUGACCACAUUAGAGUGGAAAGACCUUCCACAAGCAAAUCACCGCAAGGGAGCCCCCCAGCGUCUGUAUCCCCGGUUUCGGGCAAUUUCCCGUCCAUGCCAACCACGCCCAUUUCACGAAGCGAUUCGGGUUUCGCUCUUGCGGCAACUCUGAGGGAGAAGAGAUCAGGGCACUUUGAAAACACUGCCAGUGGGAGAAGAAGUUCGUCCUUCGGUGUUGAAAGACAGCCCACUCUGCGCCGACCUAAUGUGCCAUUCGGCAAUGGUCAUUCUGCCAGCUUUUCUACCUCGGCCCUAUCGAUCGAUUCGAAGUCCAUGUAUGGUUAUGCUCCUUCGACCUACGCCACAUCAACUCUCGCCGCUUCGACCAUCAUGCCUAACAUGCUUAUGCAACCUGUUGGCAAUACAGACACGACUGUGUGGGUUGAAGGUCAUUGUAUGACUUGGAAGGCUAAUGAUAUGUCAACCGUCUGCUCCAUCUGCGAUGAUAAGAGUGAAGGCGAUGGAAUAUACAAAUGCACGAGCUGUAGCACAAAGUCUCAUGGCCGAUGCCUAGGUCAGCUAGCUUUGGUCUGCCCAUCAGCCUUCCACGCGGAUCGAGUACGCGCAGCCUUCGUUCGCUGUUUUUCAAGUCUUUUCUUCACGUACAGAAAGCAUUUGGGCCGGCCGACGCGAGAACAGAAAAAGAGCGGACAGCUAUACGGCUUUGACAUGGAUGGAUUUAUGAAGAGCUUGCCAGGUGAACAGCAGGAGUAUAUUGCUAUGCUGAAACAGACCCAAGCCUUCAACGAAUUCAUCCACGAGCGUGAAGUCUCCGCCUCCAACGCACCCCACAUCCAACUAUUCGACGGCAUUAUCCUUGCCAAGAAAUCCCGUAGCCGCUCAUCCUUCUUCACCUCUCACAAAUCCUCCAGACCCUCCUUCCUAGAAGACAAAGCCGACCACCUCUGGCGCAGCGCUGCCGUACCAACACCUAACUCCAGGUUCCCUGGCGAUUAUAGAUCGAUCGUAUCGAGGAUCCCAGCACAGCUUGAUGUGACCCUAAUGCGAGAACCGAGAGUUAUCCAGGGCGUGCCAAGAAUGGAUGUUCCCGGAAAGAGGGUUGGGAGGAAAGCUGUACCCAGUUUAUUGGGUGGUGGUGGAGGAAGAAUCAACUAA